AUGUUGGCCAAAUCUGCACAAGGAACCAAGGAACCUGCUCAGCCUGAAUUUCGAUAUCUGCUCGGGUCUCGACGCCGCCAUCCCCUGCCCCUCACCGUCCGUGGCUUGGCCAGCCUUGCCUACCUCACCCGUCUGCUCUGGAAACCAUCGCUCUGCCCCGGCGAAGCGCCAAGGCGAUGUGACUCCCUCGAUCGCGCGUCCAUCCGAUGGGCGUGGGACAACGACUUUGGCCCCAAGCUGAUGGGCCAGUUUGACUUUACCCUCCUCUUUGAGCAGGCCAUGCUCUCCAUCAUCCCCGCGGGCUUGGUGCUCCUCUCGCUCCCCUACCACGUCCGGCUGGCCGUGCGCGCGCCGGCCCGUGUGCGUCCCGGGCUUCUGCUCUGGCUUAAGCUGGCUGUGGGCUUAACCAUGGUGGCCAUGCACACGACGAGCCUCAUUCUCUGGCAGCGCGAGGCCGUCUUCCACUCCGACCUCUCCCUCCCGGCGGCCGUCAUGUCUCUCGUGUCGUCGCUCGGCAUCCUCGUGGUCUUGUACGUCGCGCACGUGUACUCGCUCCGCACGUCGGGAUUUCUGAGCGUCUUUCUCGCCAUUACGCUCCUGUUCGAUGCCACAAUGACGAGGUCAUACUUUCGCCGAGCUGGUCUGGGGACCAUUGGCGCGCUACAGAUUGUUGUCGUCGUGGCCAAAUUUGUACUCGUCGUUCUGGAAGAGGUUUCCAAGCGCCAUUUGUUUCGUGCCGACCCUGUCCGCUUGUCGGCUUCCAAGGAAACCACAGCUGGCUUUUGGAACCGCGCCGUUUUUGGUUGGCUCAAUUCACUCUUGCUCUUUGGAUUCCGAAACACCCUGAAGCUCCAAGAUUUGCCACCAAUCGAUGAACAUCUUCAAUAUUCUCUCCAACGAUAUGACCACUUUGUACCGAGGUGGAAGCAAGUCAACAAGAGCUCUAGAUACGCGCUUCCAAAGGCUCUUUUGCUUGCCACAUCGGGCGAGGCAACCAAGAUUAUACUUCCAAGACUACUGUUCGUCGGCCUGACAUUCGCACAACCCUUUUUAUUAUUCAGUAUUGUCACGGCCGUCAAUGGAGAGCUUGACAGCGAAACAGCACAUAGCCUUAUACUUGCUACUGUCAUUAUAUUUGUUGGAAAAGCGAUAACGCGAACGAUAUAUGAGCACUUGGUUUAUCGCAUCAUGACUUCCACUCGAGGUAUACUUGUCGUUGCAAUCUACGACAAGGUGCAGAGAUUGCCCCUCGAAGAACUGGAAAAAUCCGUGGCUGUCACAUUGAUGACAUCAGGUACAUUGGCCGUGGAACAGAUGCUUUCCCUCUACUACCAGGUUUGGUCAUGUGCCCUUCAGGUCGCCCUCGGCAUCUGGUCCUUGAACCUAUAUGUCGGCCCGGCUUGCUACCUGAUGAUCAUUCCAGGUAUAGUCUCGUAUAUUGCUUCUCAUUAUAUUGGGGAAGCCAUGAUGAGAGCGCGCACAGCAUGGAACCGAGAGAUGGAAUCAAGAGUGGGAGCGACAUCCAACAUCCUUGCGCAGAUCAAAGACGUCAAGUCUAUGGGGCUUUCCGAAAUGGUAACCGAGUAUCUUCAGAAUACACGACGCCAAGAGAUCCAAGUAUCAUUGUCAGAGCGCAACACACGUAUCUGGCUCUUUGCAUUCUCUACCAUAAGUAAUACACUCCCACCCAUCCUUGUCCUUACGGGUGCUCUAUUCUGGACACGCAAAUCGAGUCCGCUAAGCGUCGCGGAAAUUUUCACUAUCAUUACAAUUAUCAUAAUUGCCGCAGAACCGUUCCGAACGUUGCUGGAGAGUCUUGUCAACUGGUCGACAGGCUUCGCUUCCAUUCGGCGGAUCCAGGAUUUCCUGUGCUUAGAGGAGCUCCAGGACACGCGCAAAAUCCCCCCUGGUGCCCCUCCCGCGACAGAGCAGUGCUUUCCCGGAGAGAAGCAAGGAGGUGCAACUUUUCAACCGAAGCCGACACCGUUUGCUGUACAGUUUGAGCGUGUCGCAGUCACGUCUCUCAUCAUGGGGCCGAUACUCAAACAAGUCAGCCUGUGCAUCCCAUGGGGAGGCCUCGCCAUCCUGUGGGGUCCCAUCGCCAGUGGCAAGUCUACUUUUCUGCGCUGUAUUCUCGGCGAAACAAGAGUAGACUCUGGUCUCGUCACCGUGGGAACAAGUUCCAUCGGCUACUGCAAUCAGGACUCAUGGAUACGAAACCAAACGCUCCGAGACAAUAUCACGGGUGUGCUUGAGUACGUCGAGACCUGGUAUCGUGAGGUAGUUGUUGCUUGCGGGCUUCACGUUGAUAUCGGCGCCAUGGUCAAUGGUGACCAGGCCAUGACGGGAACUGGCGGCUGCAAUCUCAGCGGAGGCCAAAAACAGCGAGUAAGCCUAGCUCGUGCAAUUUAUCAGCAGCCCGAGAUGCUUGUUGUCGACGAUGUCUUUAGCGCAUUGGACCCAGAAACGGCUCGGCUUGUCUUUGGCAACCUCUUUGGACGCGAAGGGCUCGUACGAAGAUGGAACUGCACAGUCAUUCUGACAACAAAUCAAUUGGAAUUCUUGGACGAUGCCGAUGUCAUUUUCCAGCUACACAAGGGCGGCCGUGUCGAGCAGCAGCAAGUCGAGCUCGACGAUGCGUCAUCGGCCUCGGACAGUGACUGCGGUGCUGGUCAACGGGAUCCCACGGGGCGCUGUAGAGAAAAGCACAGCAGGAGUGCCAAUGCCGAUGACGAGGGCAGCGAUGAUGAAGAGGGCUUUCCGGCCGCGGCUAUGCAAGCCGAACCGCCCUCGGUCAAGCCGUCGGCGGACGACCUUGAGCUACAGAGCGCGCGACAGAAGAGACAGCAUGGCGAUUGGUCUCUAUACAGCUACUACCUAGGCGCGGCUGGUACCGUGGCCGCCCUCUCUUGGAUCUGUUUUGCUGCUCUCUGCGCCACUGUCGAGCGAUUUCCGAGUAUAUUUAUCAAAAUUUGGUAUGUCCAAGACGCCCACAAUCUGCAUUACUUUGCCGGGUAUGUGGGGAUUUCUGUUCUCAACAUCGGCCUCGAUACUCUGGUCGGCGGAUUCUUCUUCCACCACAUCCUGCCAAAGUGCUCAGAAGAAAUGCAUUUGCGACUUACCAGAGCUGUCAUGUUCGCCUCCCCGCAAUAUCUCAGCCAAACCGAUGUCGGCAAAUUGCUCAAUCGUUUCGGUCAAGAUAUAUUUCUCACCUCACAGUACCUUCCUAUUACUCUCAUGCAGUUCCUCUACACAUUGUUUAUAGUACUUGUCGAGAUUGGAAUCAUCGCUGCCGGCUCCGUAUAUACCGCCCCUAUUAUGGUGUUUUUAAUUGCCGUCCUCUGCAUCCUCCAGUUCUUCUAUCUGCGCACCUCACGCCAGCUUCGUAUUCUUGAACUAGAAUCUGCCGCCGACCUAUUCACCCACUUCACCGAAACCAGUACCGGGAUUCAGCUUGUCCGCUGCUUUCGGUGGAAAAAGACAUUUUUGCACCAGCUCUGCGUCCUGCUGGACAAGUCGCAGCGACCGUACUACUACCUCUUCUGCUGCCAGCGUUGGCUGCACACAGUCUUGGACUUUACUUCGGCCGCGGCUGCCUUGAUCUUGGUCAGUGUAUCCAUCACGCGACCAGACGGGGCCUCGAGUGGCGGUGUCGCACUCGCGCUGCUCAACAUUAUCGGAUUCAAUGCCACAUCCUCCUUCCUAAUCACGUCUUGGACGAAUCUUGAGACUGGCCUUGGCGCUGUUUCGCGCAUCAAAAGCUUCUGCACAGAAACACCCUGCGAAAAAGAUACACUUGCGGGACCGGAACUCGACGAGCAGUGGCCUAGAAACGGUCGGCUUGACUUUAACUGUGUUAGCGCCAGCUACCAGGCAGAAGACGGCAGCCUACAAGGGGCCCUGGACAAUGUCACUUUCACAAUUUUCCCUGGUGAAAAAGUAGGCAUUAGUGGCCGUACUGGCAGCGGCAAGUCAACGUUGCUCAUGGCCAUUUUGCGGAUGGUUGAUUUCACGGGCACCAUCAGCAUAGACGGCCGGAACUCCCGCAGCGUCCCGCGGGAAUUUCUCCGGUCGCGGAUUACGACGAUGACACAGGAGGGUGUCCAACUCAAAGGAUCCGUACGCUUCAACCUGUACCCGUUUGCCGGUCCCAAGCCAGACGACAGCCUCGUCACCUCGACUUUGCAGUCGGUGGGACUGCUGCAUCACAUUGACCGGCACGGUGGCCUAGACAAGGUGAUUUCUUCCAUGCGCUUCUCUGUCAGCCAGAAGCAGCUGCUGUUUUUGGCACGCGGCAUCUUGCACCACAAGACAAUGAAGACUAGCAUUGUCAUCAUGGAUGAGGCGACGAGCGCCAUGGACAAUGGCACCGAUGACAUGUUGCAGGAGUUGCUGGGGGAUGCAUUUGCUGCCUGUACAGUGCUCCAGAUUGCUCAUCGGGACGAGACGUUUCGUGACCUGGAUGUGCGCAUUCGCUUGGAUCUCGGCCAGCUACUCGGCGUUGAGCGGGCUGGGCAUUCGUAG